AUACAACGUGCCUGAAAGACAGGCCUUGAGCAGAUUCCUCUGGUAGACAUUAACUCAUUAAAUUGACCAUGACUGUAAAUAUAAACUUUGCCCCCAUCUCACCUGGCAACCAUAAAAGAGGCGGGUUUGUCUAUAAAAGGAUGCGGAAACUGUCCCCAGCUUUCAGGCUUCAAUAUCCCGUCAAGAUGUGGCACCUCAAACUCUUUGCAGUACUUACGAUCUGCCUGUUGCUGUUAGGCCAGGUAGGUGGCUCCCCAAUACCAGAACUGAGUUCAGCAAAGAGAAGGUCAAGGAGAAUGACCCCAUUUUGGAGAGGGGUUUCCCUCAGGCCCAUUGGAGCUUCUUGCCGGGACGACUGUGAGUGCAUCACAAAGCUAUGCAGAAAAAGACGCUGUUCCCUAAGUGUGGCCCAGGAAUGAUGUACACACCAGGGGAAAAGAGGACAGCGCUCGCCUACAACAAUGCUCCGUUCUAUGGAAUACUGACAUACUGCAUUUGGCUGGAGACGCUUAAGUGAAGCAAUCUUGUGUUUUUAAUAUUUAAAGACAGAUGUAUGCUUUAAAUUGGUCUCCGUUCCUUCUUAGAAUAUUGAUAUGUAGGUAAGCAUAACUUAACUUGUGAACUUAGAGUUUAUUUUUCUAUGUAUACUAUUAAAUGUCUGAAAUGGAAAUUUUGGCAGCCUGGAAUUCACACUUUUGAAGGGAAGGAUUCAUUUUGUAUACUAUGGAAAAAACAGUACUGCCUAACAAUAACAAUGUGUUAACUUCUCAAUCAGGAAAAUGCAGUGGGAAUUAAUUUUUUUAAAGAAACACACCACUAGGCUAAAGGCAAAAGUUUAGUACACUUAGUGACUAACCUCAGCAAGUUCACCAGCUAUGGCCCUGGCUCUUAACACUCCAUGUUAAGAACUUGAGUGAGGUGUCAGAGAUGGGCAACGCUGGCACUCAGGACCUGACGAUGUGCCCAAGUUCGCCCAGGAACAGAGGCAGAACUGGAAGAAAAACCUAGUUUAAUGAAACAAUAAAAGCCCAAGGCACCAAGAUUAACAAAAAGGAUGUGUUUGAGAUUUCUGUUGAAGCAGGGCGAAUUUCCAUCUAUGCAGAAGGACCCAUGGCCAGCCAGUUCAGAUUUUCUGUAAUCAGAAAAUAAGACCUGGACAGAUGGGACCAGACUUUUAAAGAAGAGUAGCUUUGGACCCUAAAAUACAAAACAGAAAUUACACAAAAGGGGCGAAGUAAGAGUUGAAGAAGUGUAGAGAGCACAGUGUUUAUAAACUUUAAUACAGAAAAUCUAUUUGAUAUUUAUUAAACUUAGUUUCUCCAGCUAUGGUUUGGCAUUAUACAAAGCAUCUUAAUGACACAGUAGAGUUAAAAAGAUCUUUACAAAUUGAAAUGUGAUACCCUUGUCUCCAAAUAUUUUAAUUGCCAUAAAUUUGUUUAAAAAUACACAUUAAACGCAUGUUUGACACUCUAAACUUUCUAUAAUCUCAAUACCACAAAAUACAUAUAAUAUACUAUACAGAUGUGGAAAAAUCUAGUUAGUAUAUAAUACUUUGCUCACCAUUAACAGCUUUUAGUAUGUGAAAUGCACGUACUGACUUAGAAAUCCUAGCUUUUGAGCCCCAAAAGUACCUCUGAAAUUUUAAAGUAUUCCAACAAAUAAAAAUCACAGUAUAUAAUUGAAAUUUUGGUUGAAAAUGUCAGAUGCCGGAAUAUUCUGGAUAAAAGAAAUGUCAAACAAAGAUGUGGAUCAUGUACAAAACAAAGGCGUCCUAUCAGACGCUAGCAGUACCUUUCUGUAGAAUCAACAAGGCUUUGAAUUUAUCGGCGGCAUUACCUCCCCUCCAAAAUCCCCCCCAAAUAUCAAACCGUUAUCACCAAAUAAUUUUAAUUUCAAAUAAGAUAAAAGGAUUUUCAAUAAAUAUAUAAGCAUCUCUAUCCUCCAUAUACAAAAUUUCUUAAAAUCAUUCGGAACGGAGGCUAGAUAGAAAUUUUCAUAACUGUGCUUACCAACCCCACAUCUGGUCCUCAGAGGUGCCUUUUCAGGCACUACCCACUGGGCCAGCUCUUGUUGGUGAGCCUUGCCCUUCCCCACCCUGCCCCACGCCACGCGGACCCCAGUACUGUUGAAUGCUCAUCUCAAUGUUUUGCCAGGUGUGUGCAUAAAGUUGUAAAAUGGGGACACUUCUUGAAUAACAACAACAAACCCAACUGUAUGGAUAAUCAUGGCAUUGAUCUGAAAGGCAGCAUUUCCAAAUAGGUAUUUUCCAGAGAGGAACAUAGCAGGUGGAAAGUUCCAAUAGUUAAAAGCU